AUGGGGCUGCCCCGGCCAGGGCUAUGGCUGAAGAGGCUCUGGGUGCUCGUGCAGGUGGCCAUGGAGGUAGCCAUGGGCAAAGUGCUAAUAACGCUGUUUCCAGCGAGGAUCAAGAAGAACAUCCUGGCCAUGGGCCAGAAGACUGGGAUGACCGGGAAUCCCCAGUUUUCCCAUGACAACUGGAUCCCAACCUUCUUCAGCAUCCAGUAUUUCUGGUUUGUCCUGAAGGUGCGUUGGCAGCGGCUGGAGGACACAGCUGAGCUAGGGGGUCUGGCCCCAGAUUGCUCGGUGGUCUGCCUCUCCGGACAGAAGCGCACCAUCUGGGACUUCAUGCAAGGCAACAGGCCACUGGUUCUGAAUUUUGGAAGUUGCACCUGACCUUCAUUUAUGUUCAAAUUUCACCAAUUUGAGAGACUUAUUGAAGACUUUCAUCUCAUCGCAGAUUUUCUCAUUAUUUACAUUGAAGAAGCGCACGCCUCAGAUGGCUGGGCUUUUAAGAACAAUGUGGACAUCAGGCAGCACCAGAACCUCCAGGACCGCAUGCGGGCAGCCCACCUGCUGCUGGCCAAGAGCCCCCAGUGCCCUGUGGUGGUGGACACCAUGCAGAACCAGGGCAGCCAGCUCUAUGCCGCUCUGCCUGAGAGACUCUAUGUACUCCAGGCAGGCAGGAUCCUUUAUAAGGGUAAAUCUGGUCCUUGGAACUACAAUCCUGAGGAAGUUCGUGCUGUUCUGGAAAAACUCCAUACUCAACCUGGACAGAUCCCCAUGUUGUAGGUGUAAGUGACCAACAGGAGAGCUCCUCCCAGCUCAGCUCAUCCCCCAGCUGUCUUUAUCUUUGACUUGUGUUCCCAGCCAAACCACGAGUACAGAUUUUCCAGAUCUAAGCAAACAACUCCCACCAGGGGGUACAGGUCACAGCACCCAACGAGGACAAACUGUUACGAUCAUCAGACGAUGAAGCAACACUCAAGCUGUUCUUGCAAGUGAACUGUGAAAGAAUGCACAA